AUGUCGGAAAUCCAUCCUAAACAAGAAGCCCUCGAGGCUCAGGAUACUUCGCCACGAUAUGAUGAGAAGCAGGGCACCACUGAGCCCAUCGAAGAUGGCCCCAAGCAGUCGUGGGCGCUGCGCAAUGGGCUUACUCCCGGCUCAUUCGCUCCCCAUGAUGAUUACGCAAAGGGGACUGCUGAGUUACAGCGUGAGAUGAAGCCUCGUCAUCUUAACAUGAUCGCUAUUGGUGGCAGUAUUGGUGCUGGUUUCUUCGUCGGUAGCGGUUCUGCUCUGCAGACUGGUGGCCCUGGUUCAUUGACCAUUGGUUUCUUGAUCAUGGGUGUCAUGAUCUUCAACGUCGUCUAUGCUCUCGGUGAACUUGCUGUCAUGUAUCCCGUCUCUGGUGGUUUCUAUACCUAUGCCAACCGAUUUGUUGAUCCUUCUUGGGGUUUCGCAAUGGGUUGGAACUAUGUCAUGCAAUGGGCUUUCGUUCUUCCUCUCGAAUUGACAGUUUGCGGCACAGUCAUUCAAUACUGGGCUCCGCAUACUAGCGUAGCUAUUUGGGUCAGCGUAUUCCUUGCUGUUAUUAUCCUCGUCAACAUCUUUGGUACUCUUGGUUACGCUGAGGAAGAGUUCUGGGCUGCAUUGCUCAAGCUCUCUGCCACCGUCAUCUUCAUGAUCGUCGCUGUCGUCCUCGUUUGCGGUGGAGGUCCUUCUGAUGGAGAGUACAGCACCUACCAGGGCGCCAAGCUUUGGUAUGACCCAGGUGCUUUCCAGCACGGUUUCCGAGGCUUCUGCGGUGUGUUCGUCACUGCGGCCUUCUCCUUCAGUGGAACUGAACUUGUCGGUCUCGCUGCUGCCGAAGCCAAGAACCCCGCCAAGUCUCUCCCUGGUGCCAUCAAGCAGGUCUUCUGGCGAAUCACUCUCUUCUACGUAGUUGGACUUCUCCUUGUCGGUUUCCUCGUCAGCUCUAAGGACCCCAGACUUCUGAACGCCGGCAACGACGACCCUAGUGCCUCUCCUUUCGUCAUCGCUGCCGCUAACGCUCAUCUGAAGGGAUACGAUUCGUUCAUGAACGUCAUCAUCCUUGUUUCCGUCUUGUCUAUCGGUGUCUCCUGCGUCUACGGCGGUAGCCGAACUCUUGUCGCACUCGCGCAACAGGGCUAUGCUCCCAGAUUCUUCUCUUUCAUUGAUAAGUCUGGUCGUCCUCUUCCUGCUGUUGUGUCCAUUAUCGCCAUCGGUGCUCUUGGAUACAUCAGUGUUAGUGGUGAUGGAAAUACCGUCUUCGUUUGGCUUCAGGCUUUGUCUGGUCUGGCUGCUUUGUUUACCUGGGGCUCUAUCUGCCUUUGCCAUAUCCGAUUCCGACAGGCUUGGAAGUACCACGGUCACACUUUGGAUGAAAUCCCCUUCCAGCACGUCUUCGGAGUCUGGGGCUCUUGGCUCGGACUCAUCCUCAUCGUCAUCGUUCUUAUUGCGCAGUUCUACACUGCCAUCACCAAUCUUGAUGGAUCACUCGGUACUGCUGAGGGCUUCUUCGAGUCAUACCUGGCUCUGCCCGUUGUCAUUCUCUUCUAUGUCAUCGGAUACAUCUGGAAGCGAGAGGGAUGGAGAAAGGUCAGCGAGAUUGAUCUUGAUACCGGUCGUCGCGAGCAUGAUUGGGAUACCAUCAAUGCUUAUCGCGAGCAGCUUGCCAACGGCCCUGCUUGGAAACGCGUGUGGCAUGUUCUGUUUUAA